AGAAGUAACUAUCCAGUUUUCUUUUAUAAACAACAUCCUGGCACUUUAAUUAUAUCGCCAAUGUCAGAGCACUAGAUCUGAAAGGAUCCGAAAGGCAUCUUAAAGUGCACUUUGUAAUAUUUAGUCAACUGACAAGACAUACGAUGGUCUAAGAAGAGCGUUUCAUCACCUUAUCUCCACUUCAAAGGCUCCUACAGAGUGCUCUUUAUCAUAUUUUGUAACCUGAAGAAAUUGGCCAUUUAUUGAAUAUAUCUUCACAGAAUCACGGCCCAAUAUUAAAUGUGAAAUUGAGCAACAACAUGCAAAGAGCUGUCUCUUUCAAAUUGCAUUUGUAGUAGUGUCGACAAAAGAGAUAUUAAAAGUCCUGUGAGCAGAAAGGUUAAAGUUCAAAUAGGGAUGGAGGUAAAACUCUCAGAGACAGAGAAAUUCAGAUGUCAGUCAAUAACCUAACUCAUCAUUUUGACUGCCUGUUUAUUUUAAUCGAACAGAGCGUUACAGAUCACUGUGUGCCAAAACAACCAGACACAAGAAUAGUUUCUUCCCCAAGGCUGUCACUCUGAUGAACACUUCACACAUGGUGUCACAGAGUGUCAGAACUGUCACUGUGCAAUAACACCCACUGUGAACGUAAAUCAGAAUAUUUAUGCACUUUUUAUGGUCACUGAAUCUUGUAAAUAUUCUUAACCUUCUCACCUGACAUCAAUCAAUGCACACUGUCUUAAUGUGAAUACUGUAUGAACUGUCUACUUCAUGUAAAUCUGUUACAUAAUCACAUACAGAGGCGUCAUCUCCAUUCAGACUGGGGGGGGGGGCUGGAGCCCCCUCAGCUCUUUUUUUUUAAAUCAGACAGGAUUGUUCAUGCAUCUUAGUAUUAAAAUUAUUAUACAAGUAAUGAUAAAUAUUAUUUCAAGUAUGGAAGAGUUCAGAUUUUUUUUUCAAAUACAGGAAAAUUAGCAGUUGAAUUUUGCAUGAUUUCACGGAGGUUUCCUCAGAUUUUCCGACUGAUCGAGAAAUAGUUCCCAUUCUGCCUUUGAUUUUUAAAUGUUUCAAAAUGCAGAAUAUGGCAUCAUUCUUCCCUUUUCUUUCUCCACGAAGGACCCCUAUAGACCCCACUCUAACUUGGCCCCUUGGUAUGUGUGAGCAUACUUGGCCAGUAAAGCUCUUUUCUGAUGUAUGAGACACUCAUUAUUAUUUUAAAGGAAAACAUUCAAAAGAAGCCCAAAUAACUUUUUUUACUAGUAGUGUUGUGUUUAUUAUUAGUUUCCAUCUCGAAUAUUUUCAGACAACGUGCAUAGGCUCCAUGAGUGACGUGUUGUUGUUUUUUCCCUCCCUCUGCCCGGUUUGGGAUUUGCUGGUCAGAGACAUGCCUCCCUCUGCCUGGCUCCUUAUAGCCCCGGAGAGGCAGGAAUCCCGGACGAGUGGUACGGACAUCGCCGACGGAGACCACAAACACGGCGCGGAGCGUUCCCCUUUAAACACGGUCUUAUGACUACAGACUGCUUCAGGUCAGACGACCGGAGAACCGGAGCACAGAGCAGAGACUGCCCGGGACAGCAGAGGACUCCUUCAGUGUCAGUGACUGUGAGAGCCGGGGACACACAGGACACAGCUCCCCUGCAGAGGCUGAAUGUUUGGAGCCAGACUGAGAAAACAGCUGGAGUUACACGGAUACUAUCUCACCUGUCUGCAGGAUUUAGUUUUUUGGGCAACCUGUUGCACCCUGAGGACACAUUUCCCCUCCUGCAGCUCAGAGGUCAUGCGUCGCCUGCCGGUGGCUUCACUCUUCAUUUGCUUCUGGUUGGUGGAGAGGAGCCAGUGUGACGGCAGCCUGCAGGACAGCAUGGGAGAGCUGCACACCAGGUUCGCCGUCAGUCUCUACCACACGCUCACAGAGGCCGAGAACAGCUCCAACCUCAUCGUGUCGCCAGUGAGCGUCUCGUUGUCCCUGGGGCUGCUGCAGUUCGGUGCCAGGGGCAACACACUGGCUCAGCUUGAGGGAACGCUGGGAUACAAUGUGAACGACGCCCAGGUGCAAGACUUCCUGAUGCACUCACAGAUUGAUGAGAGUAACACCAGCCACGGGAUGUGGCUGCAGCAGACCUGCACACUAUUAAUACAGAGCGGCAUCCAGCUCCUCACAGAGUUUACGCAACACGCAGCAGCAUGGGCCAACACCAGCGUGGUCCGAGCCAACUUCAGCCAGCCAAACAACACCCCAAGCCAGCCGGAGCGAGUGAGACCGAACCACGAUGAGAUGCUUCUCCAGUCAGGAAGCAGCAGCGGGGAGCUGUCAGGGUCCGGUGAGCCCCAGGUGGAGACUCUGUGGUGGGGCCACAGGCUGCAGAUGGCGCUGGUCAACAAAGUGACGUUCAGGGGCGUCUGGCAGAAACAGUUCUUGUUCACCAACACACAGAACUUGCCCUUUAUCCUGUCUGACGGGACCGCCAUCAAGGUGCCCAUGAUGUAUCAGGCGACAGAGGUCAGCUUUGGUCAGUUUAGGACAGCGUUGGAUCAGCGUUACACCGUGUUGGAGCUGCCGUACCUGGACCGUUCCCUGAGCCUACAGGUGAUCCUGCCCAGCGAGAGGAAGACGCCGCUGUCCUCCAUCGAGUCCCAGCUCACCGCUCGCCACCUGGCCUCCUGGUACACCGGCCUGCGUAGAACCAAGAUGGACAUUUUCUUACCCAGGUUCAAAAUGCAGAACAAGUUCAACCUGAGGUCAGUGCUUCCCGCCAUGGGCAUCAGAGACGCCUUCAAUCCAUCAGCAGCGGAUUUCACUGGAAUAUCAGUGGAGGAGAGUCUUUAUGUGUCCGAUGCUUUUCAUGAAGUGACGAUAGAAGUCACAGAAGACGGGACAAAGGCAGCUGCUGCUACAGCUAUGGUGCUACUCAAACGAUCCCGCGCUCCAGUUUUCAAGGCCGACCGGCCAUUUUUAUUUCUACUACGACAGAUUAACACAGGAUCCAUCUUGUUUAUGGGCCGUGUGAUGAACCCGAUGGACCAAGCAUCCUAAGACUAAAAAACACACACCCACACCCACUCCUACCCCAACCUUUGACUUCACUACUGGUAUUUAUUGUGGACCAACAGGAGGGUCCGCGGACACUUCAGGAAGAGGGACAUUAUUUUUGUA